UGGUUUCAAUUCCAGCGCUGACCCGGACAACUUUCAAGUGAUCCUUGGAGAAUAUGAUACGUCUGUGGACAGCGGCGACGAGCAGAAAAUAUUCGUAUCUGGAAUCUACGUUCAUCCAAAAUUCGUUGAGACUUCCGGUUACCCAUUCGACAUAGCACUGGUCAAGCUGUCGCAGAAGGCUCAAGUCAUGCCUGCGGUAGUUCCCAUAGCCCUCCCGGAAAACUCAACCGAGACCUUUGUCAACCGGGAGUGCUGGGUUCUGGGAUGGGGCUUGACUGACAGUGCAGCAAGUGUCAUCCCUAACGUCCUGCAGGAAGCCAAUAUAACGGCCAUCACCAACGAGGAAUGUGCUGAACGCUGGUCAUUCAUCGAAAUUCUAGAAUCUCACCUCUGCGUAUACAAACUGGCCAGCUCCCCUUGCAACGGUGACAGUGGAGGCUCGUUGGCAUGUAGGGACGGCAAUGACACAUGGAGGUUAGCAGGCGUCAUCUCAUGGGGCAUCAGCACGUGCAGCGGGGACUACCCAGCCGUCAACACUCGAGUCUCGUCUUAUCUAGAGUGGAUAGACGAGGUCAUAUCGGAGAACUGAGUCGUGCCGUCAGGUCGCGUGGUUUUCGACCGCAUCGUCUGUACUGGAGUUGCUCGGUUAGGUGACCAACAGUACUGCAAUUUAAGCGGGUAACAUCGCUCUUAUUUGGACGAUUGGGUCAUGCAAUUGUAUCUGUAAGAUACCAUUGAAACUGUUUGAAGUGAGUCAGAAAAGCUAACAUUAGUAGAUGUCAUUUAAAGUGUCUUAAACAAUCUAAACUUUGUACAUUCCAUCCAGGAAGUUCAAACCAUACGAUCGAUAUAUUAUAGUUAACUGAGUCGUAUUUUGGAAAUGGAACCAUUCCAUAGACCCUGGGAAAAGCCAUACCAUUCGGACAAUCUAGGCCACACUUUCGAUAUCGUGUAGCUUAGCCAUACCAAUGAAACUAAGCAAUAACACUGAAUUAUACCAUACCAACCGGAAAGUUUAGUUCGUUCCAUCGGUUGAUUGUUGGGCCAUUCCAUCGAAAUUGAGCAAUCACUCUCAAACAUAUGCACACCACCAUUCGGAGAGUUUAGACUAUACCAUCGAGACUUUAGAGAACUGAGCCAUACCAUCGAGUCUGAGCUCUGUCACUGAAACUAAUCCUUGCCAUCCGGGCAGUUUUCGCAAAACCAACAUUGUAUUUUAAAUAACUGGGUCAUACCUUCAAUAAUAUAUUAUUGAAAAUAACCCAUACCAUCUUGGCAGUUUGAGUAUGCCAUCGAUACAGAUUAGCUAACGGGACCAUAUCUUGAUAACGGAGGUAUACCACUGGAACAGGGCAUACCAUCUGGAGAGUAUAGACAACACAAAUGGUGUAUUUUAGAUAACUGAACCAUUCCAAUGAAAUGAAGCCAUGAAAAUAUCCAAAGCCACCCGCAGAAUUUAGAAUGUAUGUUUUAAAUUGUUCAAACAUAUCAUCCAGAAAUGUUAUACCAAACCAUCGUUGUAUUUUACAUAACUAAGCCAUAUCUUUGAAACUUCUAAGUCACUGAAACUAGAAUUUAGACAACGGCAAACGGUAUACCAAAGAAAAUAUAUAAUACCACCGGCAUUAAUUAUAUAAUUGGAACUUAGCUAUACUACUAACGCUGACUAAAUAAACAACUUUGUAACUAAACUGUGUAAUUCGAAAUACCACCGCAAUUGUUCAAAUGCACGUCCUGUUUGGUUUUUGACUUUUUUUUUAGAAUUGAGUGACAACAGUAAUAAGUUUUGCCUAGAUUAGCCACGACAUCCAAAACCAUCCAAACAAAACCCAUGAAUUCUUCUCAGACGUUAAUGCCAUGAGUCAUACCAUUGGAAUUGUUUAUAUAACUUUGUCGCACGAGACAUAUAUUAUACUCUCUUUUCAAAAAUUAAUUUUAUCGUCUUCAUAGUCAAAAUCAAUACCAUUAUCGGUGUCCUAGAGAUUCUUAAACCUUUAGAACUAAUUCAAACCAGUACAGCUUUUUAAACAACUGGACACUACAAUACAAACUGAACCAUAGAAUCCGAUCUAUCUUUAAUAGUUUCGUUCAUAUUCCCUGAGAAUUUUCCAAGAAAUAGAGAUCAGAACAACAGAACUCUUUCGAUAUUUGGUCUUUAAAACCAUUCGAAGGUAUUUAUACCAUUAGGACUUAUAAGACUGGCGCUAUUCAGGGAAUGGACCAGGUACAAUACCAUCAGAACUGGCUCCAUACCACUGGCAGUUACUUAACUUCAAGACUGACUCCAUAGCAACAGGACUAAGACAAUACUACCAGGACACACUCAACAUCAUUAGGGCUGGUUGAAUACUAUUAGAACUUAUACGAUACCAUCAGCGGUGACUCGAUACAUUCAGACGUGGCUCGAUGCAACCAGUACUAACUCAAUACCAUCAGCUGUGACUCAAUAAUAUCAGGACUCACUAAAUAUAAUCAAACGUGACUCGAUAAACCAAGACUCACUCAAUACCAUCACAUGUGACUCGUUAAUAUCAGAUCUCACUCAAUAGAAUUAGACGUGACUCAAUACAAUCAAGACUCAUACAAUGCCAUGAUAUGUGACUCAAUACAAUCAGAGCUCAUUCAAUACCAUCAUACAUGACUCGAUGCAGUCAAGACUCACUCAAUACCAUCAGGCGUGACUCAAUAUCACCAGGACUCAUUCCACACUAACAAGACUGACUCGAUACUACUAUCAUGACUCACCCUAUACUAUUAGGAAUGAUUAACUUCUAUUAUACCACCAGGAGUGAAUCAAUACCAUUAAGCCUGUUUCGAUAAGGAAAUCUUGAAAAUAACCUAAUACCACCAGGACUCGCUCAAUACCAUCAGAGCUGACCCAGUACCAUUAGGACUUGCUCAAUAUCAUCAAAAGUGACUC